AUGUCCUCGUGGGCGCAUCCCCAGUUGGUCUCGCGUGCACGCGUCCCAGUUGCCCGCUGCUACUCUAGUGCCUCCACAGCCUCGCAGUCCAACGCUGCACCAGCCGCCGUGAGAACCUUCGAGAACCAGCACAAGCUCCCACGCCUUCCCAUCCCCUCCCUUGCCGAGACCGCCGCCCGCUACAAAAAGUCCCUUCUCCCCAUCCUCAACGCUUCGGAAUUGGCUCGCGCCGAAAAAGCAGUCGACGAGUUUGUUCGUCCCGGAGGAUUGGGCGAGACGUUGCAGGGUCGUCUUCAGGAGAUGGACCGGACCGAGAAGAACUCGUGGUUGGAGACCAUCUGGCUCAACAAGGGAUACCUCGAGUGGCGUGAACCCUCGAUGAUUAACGUCAACUGGUGGGCCCAGUUCAAGGAUUCCCCUCAAUUCAACUUGGAACAUGCUCCUCCUCGCGGUGUCGUUUCGGAUGUUCAGAUUCAGAGGGCUGCCAACUAUGCGUCGUCGUUGUUGUCGUUUAACGACCUCGUCAACAGCCAGACUCUCCCUGCCGAGUACCAGAGGACGACUCCCUUGUGCAUGAACCAGUACAAGAACCAGUUUGGCGCUUACCGUGUUGCAGAGUUGCCCAGAGACAGGAUUGUGACUACUUGGCCUACUACCGCCAACUAUAUCACCGUCAUGAUGCGUGACCAGAUCUUCAAGGUCCCCGUUACCGGACCCCAGGGUGAGCGUGUCUCUCUCAAGGCGAUCGAGCAGCAAUUGAGAAACGUUGUCGAGGCUGUCAACAACACCCCUGUUCAGGAACAGCAGGCAGCCAUCGGUGUGUUGACCUCGGAGAACAGAGAUACCUGGGCCAAGGCCCGUCAGACGCUUUUGGGACUGUCGCCCCUGAACCACGCCUCGUUGGCCUCGAUCGACCAGUCGCUGUUCACGAUCUGUCUGGACGACUACAGCUCCGACCGCGACAUUGAUAUUUCUCAUCUCAACAUUUUCCAUGCCGGAAACGCACACAACCGCUGGUUCGACAAGUCGAUGCAGUUUAUCUUUGAGAGCAAUGGACGAGCUGGUAUCAACGGAGAGCACACUCCUGCCGACGCUGUCAUUCCUGGACGCAUCCUCGACGAGCUCGUCAGAAACGAGAAGAAUGCAGAGCCUGCACAGCCUACGCAUGUUCAGUUGGGAAGCAUUGAGGCGAUCAAGUUUGUGGUCAACGACGAGAUCAAGGAGACCAUCAAGCAGGCCGAGGUCAAUGCCAAGAAGAUGAUCGACAACGUCGACAGCUGCCUCAUCCACUUUAACGAAUACGGCUCCAACUUCCUCAAGAGUGUCAAGUGCUCGCCUGAUGCAUAUGUGCAGAUGGUUCUUCAGCUGGCCUACUACCGCCACUAUGGCUCCUGGACUCCCACCUACGAGUCUGCCUCGACCCGUCUGUUCCUCGGAGGCCGUACCGAAACUGUCCGUUCGUGCUCUGUUGAUAGUGUUGCCUUUGUCAAGGGCUUUGAAAGCAAGACCUCGGAUACGACGGAGAAGCAGCGCCUGUUGCAAAAGGCAAUCCAAACCCACCUCGAAUACAUGAUGGCGGCCUCUGCCGGAAAGGGCGUCGACCGUCACUUGCUCGGCCUCCGGUCCAUGAUGCAAACCCCCGAAGAACAAAAGUCGGCCCUCAUUUUCCAGGACCCGUCCUACAUCCAGUCCAUGUACUUCCGCCUUUCCUCAUCCAACAUGUCCCCCGGAGACAGCUUCUGGGGAGGAUUUGGACCUGUCGUGCCUGAGGGAUAUGGAAUCAACUAUGCGAUUGGAAAGGAGAAUAUCAAGUUCUCUAUCUCGAGCUUGAGGAGUUGUAAGGAGACGAAUUCGAAGGAGUUUAGAGAGUCGAUUUUGGGUGCUUUGAGGGAUAUGAAGAAGACUUUGGCUUAA